AUGCUCCUCCUGAGAGCGGUGGCGUCUUCUUUUCCGUCUUUUCAAAACACCCACGCGAGGAGGAUACCACUGAAGAAACGUUUGGCAACACUAUCGUCAUCAUCAUCAUCAUCCAAAAUGGAAACGACGACGAAAACCAUCGAAAGCGAUGGAACGCAAACGCCGUUAAAAAUCGUGCAACUCCCGGCGCUUUCCGAUAACUACGUGUUCCUGUUGCACUGCGCGAAUACGAAAUCGACCGCGGUGAUAGACACUCCGGAAGUUGGACCAAUCUUGAGAGAAUUGAAGAAACGAAACUGGCAAUUGACGCACAUCUUAAACACGCACUGGCACAGCGACCAUACCGGUGGGAACUUAGAGCUGAAAAAAGAGUUUCCCGAGGUGCAAAUAAUCGGUCCGAGAGGUGAGAAGGCGAAAACGCCCGGCGCGGAGAAGAUUCCCGGCGUCGAUAGGAAAGUAGAACAAGACGACGUCGUGUUCGUCGGGGACGUGAAGUUACACGUGAUGGACGUUCCCGGUCACACUUUAGGGCACUGCGCGUACUACUCUCCGUCGGCGAAUUCGGCGUUUGUCGGCGACUGCGUUUUCGCGAUGGGAUGCGGAAGAGUGUUCGAAGGGACGCAUCCCCAGAUGUUUGCGAGCAUCACGAAGAUUAUGAGUUUACCGGAGACGACGAAAUUGUAUUGCGCUCACGAGUAUACUUUAGCGAACAUUAAGUUUGCAAAGAGCGUAGAUGGACAGAACGAGGCUUUGUUGGAGCGGGAAAGGAAGUGCAAGGCGUUGCGAGAGAAGAACGAGCCUACGGUCCCGACGACGGUCGGUGAGGAGAAGAAAACAAACCCGUUUUGUAGAAGCGGGGAUGAGAAAAUUAGAAAGUUUUUAGGGAUGGAGGAGAAGAGAGACGUGGAGGUGUUCGCGCAGUUGAGAACGAUGAAGGAUAAUUUCUAG